UUUCACCCAAUUCAGUAUCAUUCCAACCGAUUCAAAAACAUUCACUGAAAACGAAACACCACUUCCGUCCGUCUGACUUUCUGAUCGGCCAUUUCUUUCCGUGCGGUUCUUAAACAUGAGUGGUUUAAAUAACAGGACCGUUGUUAUUGAUGGUCGUGGCCAUUUGGUCGGCCGAUUGGCAUCUGUAUGUGCUAAAUACCUGUUACAAGGCGGCAAAGUCGCUGUUGUACGAUGCGAGGAGCUUAAUCUCUCCGGACAUUUCUACAGGAACAAGAUAAAGUAUCUGUCUUACCUACGCAAGAGGUGUAACAUCAACCCCGCCCGCGGUCCCUUCCAUUUCCGUGCCCCUUCAAGAAUUUUCUACAAGGCUGUUAGAGGUAUGGUACCACACAAAACAAAGCGUGGACAAGCUGCUUUGUCUCGUCUACGUGUCUUUGAUGGUAUUCCACCACCAUACGACAAGAAGCGUCGCGUUUGUGUACCAAUCGCUAUGCGAGUGUUGACCCUCCGUUCUGACCGCAAAUACUGCCAAGUCGGUCGUCUGUCCAGCGAAGUUGGAUGGCAUUAUCAAGAUGUUGUGAAGAGUUUGGAGAGGAAGCGCAAGGCUAAGUUGCGUGUCACACUUAAACACAACAGAAUCAUGAAGAAAUUGACGGUGAAGGCACGCGAAAAUAUUGCAAAGGCAGCCGAACCCUUCAACAAGAUCAUUCAGUCUUAUGGUUACGAAUGUUAGUUUCGUAGUAUGCCGUAAAUGUACUGUUAAUUUUUAAAUAUGGUAAAUAAAAAUUUGAAGAGAUGGAUUUUUCAUAUUUGGA